AUGUCUGCAGAAACAGACGCUUUUAUAGGCCUUAGUAGAGAUAAGAUUGCUUUAUUAGAAAAGUAUGUUGACCAGGAACUGGAUCCUUCAGACCAUACGGGGUUUUUGGCUAUUUGUGAUAUUUUUGGUCUGAAAUGUCCUGGAAAUCUAGUGGGUGUUCGAGAACGAGUUGAACUACUGUGUAAGUUUAAAGAUCUAUGUACGUCAUUUGGCGUUGAGAUAUCUCAUGAUUUUGAAGCUCUACUGGUCGAGAUAAAAAAGAAGGAAGAGAUAGAGCGACUUGACCAAGAGAAUGACCGCAUGGAAAUAGAACUUAUUCGCACUCAAAAGGGCCUUUCGGAGCUGUACAUAAAGGAGUCCAAACUAAAGGAACUGACUGAAGAAAAGAAUGCCUUAGUCGAACGAGUACAACAAAUAGAAAGAAUAGAAAAGUACUCAUUGUUCUCUCUAGAAAUUGUUCAGUUGGCCAAGACUUUAAUGAUCGAUACUAAAGAACGCAAGGACGGAUCGGUGUGUUUUGAUUCAGGCGGAUACUUAGAAGAGUUUCACUUGCUGUUUUUGCCCUUUGUUAAUCUAUCAGCUAAUGCGGUGAACUUUCUAUACAAUCAGCUGGUCGUUCCCAGUUCUGAUAUUAAUAAGGAAAAGGCCGUUAAUCGCUAUCUAGAACAUCUUAAAGCUCUAGCUCUGCUAAAAGAACGAAAGGAAUGUGUUAAGAACCCAAAUCUGAAAAGAGAUUGGGAGUUGGUCGAGUUGGUAGCACAGCGGCCAAACUAUCCGGUUGACGAGCUUUGCCGAGUUUUGCAUGCCCCUCGGGCUGAAAUAAUUGAACGAGUCUUUCUGUUGUCUGCUAAGGAUGUAUUGGUGUUUAAUAGAGCCGCAGAUACAGUUAGGAUUAAAUAA